AUGCGUCCAUCUGAUGCUAGCUGUCCAUCAUGCUUAUUCUUGUGCAUUAAAUACGGUGGAAGGACAAGAAAUCUUCCUCAAAAUGAAUAUGUGAGACAGAGGAUGGGAAGAAACAAAUUGAAGUCUUUUGGGCCACUCAUGUGCCGAAUGGCAGUGUUGGUUCACAUUCGCAGUGGAAGCUUUUUCUUCAAGGCUUUGGGCAUCACACUCCUGUUUAUGGCAGGAUUUCCUGAUUAUCUAAUUCAAAGGGAAACCAAAUACCGAAACUUAGACCUGCUUCAGAAAUAUUACAGGAUUGAUGAGGAAGCAGAAGGCGAGGAGUUGUUUCUGCCACAUCCAAUCGCAUUUGACAAUCAGGGUACUCCUGAACCCCACAACUUAAUAAAAAGGACACAUCCUGCAAAAUCCAAGGGAAAAAAGCACCCUAAUGCCAUCAUCAAGUCUCACAAUACACAAAAGACCCCAUCUCAACAGGCAGCACCAACAAGUUCAGCAGCUACUCAAUUUGGUUUAGCUGGCUAUCCCUCAGCUUACACAUAUGCGAUGGCAGCAUUUCAUUCAAUGCCAUCCCAGGUUUCUUCCCAAGACAGUUCUCACAUCCCAAAUCCAGCUCUUGCCAAUUCCAUUACCAAUGCCUCUUGUAAUCAUCGUAUGCUGCCACCACAGCCAGCAAGUACAUUUGUGCCAGUGAUGUAUUGGCCUCCACCAAAUGCUUUUCUUCCUGGACCCUAUCCUUCUACAUAUGGAUACCAUUCCUUUCCUUCUGCUACAAACUACAUGUCAAUCCAAACACAACCUUAUUUCAAUCAUCCAAAAUUGUUAGAAGGUAGUGGAAAGAAUGAUUUAGCCUCCGAUGAAACUGACAGUGACACUGAUAGCAGCAGUUCAGGCUGUAGUGGGAUCAAGUAG